AAGAGGGAAACGCUAGAGUCGCAGGGUUCAAAAUGGCUUCAGCCUUCUUGGGUGACGUAGAGAGCAGAGCUUGGGUCUGCCACUCCCUUUUUGUGAAGGGAGCCGAACUGGGAUAAGCCCGACGUUUGGAUAGUGCGAACAUCGAUCUGCGGCGCUGGUGUUAACCCAACGCAUUCGGCUGGACGACUCAGCCCUCCCCACUUUAGGUGAUUUACAGAGCAAAACCAAACUAAAGACCCACACGUUUCUUAAUGUGGCACAGAGUAGAACAGGAUUGACUUCAACUCUUGUUUUAAACCUUAAGAGCAGAAAAGCUCUGGCCUCACCCCCUUUGUAAGUGGUGCAGAAGGGGCAAGGCCCGCCCCUUUUAGGGAGACCCGCGGGGUUUAGACCCGCCCCUUCCUCCUUAUAAUUUUCCCAGCAGAAAUAGAGUCUUCCAGGGCUGGACCCCUGGGAGUCUGGGCCUUUCCUAUAAUCACUGACCCUCACUGUGGCCUAAGGAGCAAAACUAGGUGGCCAGAAUGGAGUUGUGGCCAGGGGUAUGGAUGCUGCUGUUCUUCCUGCUGUUGCUCUUCCUGCUGCCCACCCUGUGGUUCUGCAGCCCCAGUGCCAAGUACUUCUUCAAGAUGGCCUUCUACAAUGGCUGGAUCCUCUUCCUGGCUGUGCUUGCCAUCCCUGUGUGUGCCGUGCGAGGACGCAACGUCGAGAACAUGAAGAUCUUGCGUCUAAUGCUGCUCCACAUCAAAUACCUGUACGGGAUCCGAGUGGAGGUGCGAGGGGCUCACCACUUCCCUCCCUCGCAGCCCUAUGUUGUUGUCUCCAACCACCAGAGCUCUCUCGACCUGCUUGGGAUGAUGGAAGUACUGCCAGGCCGCUGUGUGCCCAUUGCCAAGCGUGAGCUACUGUGGGCUGGCUCUGCUGGGCUGGCCUGCUGGUUGGCAGGAGUCAUCUUCAUCGACCGGAAGCGUACGGGGGAUGCCAUCAGUGUCAUGUCUGAGGUCGCCCAGACCCUGCUCACCCAGGACGUGAGGGUCUGGGUAUUUCCUGAGGGAACAAGAAACCACAACGGCUCCAUGCUGCCCUUCAAACGUGGCGCCUUCCAUCUUGCAGUGCAGGCCCAGGUUCCCAUUGUCCCCAUAGUCAUGUCCUCCUACCAAGACUUCUACUGCAAGAAGGAGCGCCGCUUCACCUCGGGACGAUGUCAGGUGCGGGUGCUGCCCCCAGUGCCCACAGAAGGGCUGACACCAGAUGACGUCCCAGCUCUGGCUGACAGAGUCCGGCACUCCAUGCUCACUGUUUUCCGGGAAAUCUCCACUGAUGGCAGGGGUGGUGGUGACUAUCUGAAGAAGCCUGGGGGGGUGGGUGAACCCCGGCUCUGAGCUUUCCUCCCAAGUGUCCCCAUUUUCUUACCCACGCCUACCUACCCAGUGGGCCCUGAAGCAGGGCCAAGCCCUCUUCCUUGUCUCCCCUCUCCCCACUUAUUCUCCUCUUUGGAAUCUUCAACUUCUGAAGCGAAUGUGGAUACAGUGCCACUCCUGCCCCCUCUUGGCCCCACCCAUGGACUCUUGCCUCGGUGCAGUCUCCACUCUGACCCCCACUCUGACCUGCCAUCUUCUCUGUGGCACAGUUGCCUCCCCCUCAUCCGCAGUGGCUCAGCCUACACAAGGGUGGGGAACAUUCCAUCCCCAGUGGAGUCUCUUCCUUUGUGGUCUUCUCUUCCUUUCCACCCCACAUUGGCCAGUGGACUCAUCCAUUCUGUGGAACAAUUCUCCCCCACUCCAAAGUCCAUGGAUUCAAUGGACACAUCCGUUUGUGAGGAGGACUUCUCGCCCUGUGACUAGAAGCCAAUACCUGGAACACUCCUCCCAGGCUCAACCUGGGAGCUUUCCUCAGCACCUUCACCUUCCCUCCCAGUGGAGCCUCCUGUCAGUGGGGGCUGGACUCUUCUAAUUCAGAGGUCACAUGCCUGCCCUUGCCCAGAUGCCCAGGGUCAUGCACACUCCAGGAUACCAGUUCGGUCUCCACAUUUCUGCUUUUCUCUAUCCCCAUGGUACCAUUCUUCAAUGGUCCUGACCCCACCCAACCCCCUGCAGCCCUGCUGCACCAUCUCACCAGACACAAGGGGAAGAGGCAGACAUCAGGUGCUGCGCUCACUUCUGCUCCCUGGGAAGUUGGGGAAAGGAACUGAACCCUGGCUGGAGAGGAUAGGAGGGCUUUUAAUUUAUUUCUUUUUCUGUUGAGGCUUCCCCCUCUCUGAGCCAGUUUUCAUUUCUUCCUGGUGGCAUUAACCACUCCCUGCCUCUCACUCCAGACCUGUUCCCACAACUGGGGAGGUAGGCUGGGAGCAAAAGGAGAGGGUGGGACCCAGUUUUGCGUGGAUGGUUUUUAUUAUCUGGAUAACAGCAAAAAACUGAAAAUAAAGAGAGAGAGAGAGAUCUGG